AUGGCAACAUCCUAUACAUGGCGUGGAAUCUGCAUGAGCCUGCAAAUACCAGAAGACGACAUUGUGGACGAUACGACAGUGGCAGCUGGCACCGCCACCUCUGGCACUCUGUCCGUGCCCAUCGGAGACUUGAUGCUGCAAGCCUCCGUCACUGAUGUCACCUUCGUCAAUGGACCCACCUUCACCGACCUCUCCCUCUCCGUAGAGAAACCUGGUUCCUUCAUUGUCGACUAUGAUGUCCCAAGAAAGGAUAUUCAAUUUCAGUUCAUGAACACAGUGAAAGUUUUAGACAAACCAUUGAAUCUUACUUAUACGCAUGCAGAGGGUAAAACUUGGACCAUGUUGGAUGGGACAUUAGUGCUCAAUUCAGCUAAUAAAGGGACUACAAUUGAGCCAGGCUAUGAUUUUGGAAUGAAUUCUUGGAACAUUGCAGCGUCGCAGAGGUUUUUCACUGGUAAUUUGUUAAGAGUUUCUUAUGAGAAUUGGAGAAAUGAGUUGGGAUUGGAGUGGUUGCGUGAUUCCAUGUCUAAGGGAGCAUAUAAGCAGACCAGGUUGACUGAUGUCCAGAUAGCGACUCGACAAAUAGCAAUGUCUUUGUCUGGAAUAUCUCAACCUCUUACAUCAAAGAUUGAUAAGUGUGACACGCAGACUCUAUACUGCAAUAGGUUUGGAUCACUUGCUUCUAGGGUUGGAGACAUGGUCUACGAGCAAGAGUAG